AUGGCUAGUCACCAAUCCAGAUGGCGCUGGAAUGACAUUCCAGACUAUGAAAGAAGCCUCACCAAAGAAAUCCUCGAGAAACGGUUGCGAGAGAUGUUUGGGAACUACAAGUUUUUGGUCGAGCGCAAAGCAUCGACAUGGACAUUCUGGGUGCCUGAUGAUCUCACCGUGGAGUCGUGCGGCAGGGCACAGGAAUACCCCCUCAACCUCCUAGAUCCUGGGCCUCUUUACCCAUCAGUCCAACGAGAAUACCGUCAAUCAUUGGCCAGAAGGGCUCCUCAACUGUUUUGUGCAGAUGGUGAAGCUGCCGUUGAGCUCUUCUAUUAUGAUGACGCGCACGAGACCUUCGAAAGCGACGUCUCACAUUCAGUCGACCAGCUGAGGCAACAACUGCCCAGCUCGUCUGGUCACGUCCGCCAAGAUAGGCAAUGUAUGUUUGUCUUCGUUGGCGCUCGCAACUCUCGUGAUGUAUUGUACAUCAGUCAGGAUAUGAUGAAAUGGAUACUUUCAUUCUUCCAAGUGCUACCCAUCUUCCUGGAGUUUUUAUUGGCGUUUGGUCAACAGCUGUAUGCGGUAGACUCUCAAUUCAGUGGCUUCAGGGAGGAAAAGCGGCUCGAGGCAGGCUGGCAGCGAGACCCCAUCCCCGAGCUCGGCCGUUCCGGACAAGAUUUUCGCAUCUUCUACAACCUGAAAUCGUUCGAGCGCAAGGACGGUUUACAAUGGCCCUGGUCGAAUCGGCAGACCGUCAUCUUCCAUUCAUUCGACGUGCAGAAUGGACAUGCGUCAUGGAUCGUUCUCAAGGCAAAUGGCGUUAUACGCGAAAGGCUUAAAGAGGUGUCGACAACUCUGCUAUCCCAGAACCCCGACAUAUAUCUCAGCGUCGCCAAGAAAUUCGCCAAUUCGCUUGCUUGCCACUUUGUGAUUGUCGAAUGGUGUGGGGAGAACUGGAGGUGGUAUAUCAAUUACAUUGAAGAACAGCUCCAUACACUCAAACGUCGCGCCUUGGUGGACAGAGUCCCGCCUGUAGCCACUCCCGCAAGCUCUUCAGAAACUGGUGCAGCAAGCGGCGAAGGGAACAUGUCAGGCCCAAAGCGGACUUGGACGGCAUUGCACGCCGCUCGCACUCGUACUGCUACCACCACCUCCCAUACAGCGACCGGCACGAAUCUUCCUCUCCCUGCGCGUCCUCUGCCACCUAGCGUUGCCAUCGAUAUCCCGGAAGAACCGCAAGAUCCUCCAAAUCUUCCGCCUGAGUACGAUCCCAAAUAUCAGAACUCAAGAGUGGAUGAAGACCAGAAGGGGUAUAGGAUCGAAGAACUGCAAGAGGCGCAGGCUCUGGAAAGCCAGGUUAAUGAAGCGGCAUUGGUGCUCAAGAGCGACCUCGCUGUCCUCACUCAGAUUGAAGAUUUCUACCACCGGCUUGCCACGUCUCCAGACCUGGACCGUCUAGACAAUGCAGUGUGUAAGAGCAUGCGAGCGUCUGUAAGCCACUUUUUGCAGCGUGUCCGCUCCACGCGGAACGAUCUUGAGAUGCACCACAACAGGAUCGACGCGAUUUCCAGGCUGAUUGCCGACUGCAAAAAUCUCCUCUACGGGAUGGUUGAAUAUCAAAGCAUGCAGGCAAAUAAGGCGUUUGCUCUGGAGGCACGCGCUUCAGCCAAACGCAUGGAAGAGUUGACCGAACAAAUGCAGGAUCUGACCUUCAAAACCACGCUCGAGACUGUGUUGAUGAGGAUCAUCACGGUAGUAACCGUGUUUUUCCUGCCCGCAACCUUUGUCUCAACCCUCAUGUCGACGGAUAUCGUCCAUUUCACCCCACAAGACUUCAAGAUCACGUCCGGCAGCACUUCGCUGGGGGCCGUCAAGCUCUUUCUGUGCCUGACCCUCUCCUUGAUGGCCGCCACUUUUGGAUCUGGCUUUGCACUCUAUUGGGGAGCCGUCCGUUACGGCACAUAA